CAUCUCAUCGACUCUGGGUCUGGCUCAGUUUGAAACUCUAGCAUCGACUCCGUGUUACCCCCGAAAUUAUUUGCGAUGAGCCAUAUCACCUUCUCGUCUCAUAAAAGCUCCCUUGCUCGCGUGUUUGCUGGUCAGCCAUGUCUGCGCGAUCUUUGCCCAUUGUUGCACUUGCACUGGUCAGCCUCUUAACAAACUACCGUGUAUGCGACUUACUGGUGCCUUGCUCGAUAGACGAACCAUAUCUACUUUCACAGACACGAGCCUCGUCAUGCCACACGCCCCAUUGUUGCCCUCAUUCUCCUCCAGCCUUUCGUACUCUGUUUGCUGGUCGGACAUCGGACAUACCUUUCCAUCCUCUACUGCUUUACUCUGUUUUUCGUGGCUCUUGGCUCCUCGAUUGUGCUAUACCGUUUGUCGCCAUGGCAUCCACUCGCCGCUUUCCCUGGACCGACGUUCGGAAAGUCCACCAAGCUGUGGGGGGCAUGGGUCGCAUGGAGAGGGAAGCAACAUCUCUAUUUGAGGGCCAUGCAUGACCGGUACGGUCUCUACGUAAGGACGGGCCCCAACGAGCUAUCCAUCGCCGAUGCCUCCGUUACGGAUCGUGUUAUCGGGUUCAAGGGGCUCCCCAAAGGCCGCUUUUACGAAACCGGCCGCAAUGCCCCGCACCUUUUCAAUCUCACGGGCGAAGCGCACACCGCGAAACGCCAGAUGUGGAACCGUGCCAUGAUGAGCGUCGAAGCAUUCCAGAACUUCGAGUCAUUUAUCGGGAGAAGAGCGACCAAUCUGGUCGGCGUGCUGGGGAGGUUGUAUGAACGCGAGGGGGGAGAAGUGGACCUCGUG